UAUAAAAGGGAAUGGCUGAGAAGAAGCUCAAAGCCAAGCAGCCAUGGCAUUGUAUCUUCUCCCUUCUCUUCUGCUAUUAAUGGCCAAAGCUAGUGCUCAGCCAAACUUCAUCUCUCACCUCUGCUUAUACAAAACUGGUAACUUCACACCCAAGAGUACCUUCAAGGCCAACCUUGACCAUGUCCUCUCCUCCGUCACCACCAACGGAAUACUCGACAAUAGCUUUUACAGAUUCUCUUAUGGACAAAACUCGGACAUAGCUAAUGCUGUUGGCCUUUGUCGACCUGACAUUAAGCUCGACACUUGUCAAAGCUGCCUCAAUGACUCUGUUCGCCUCCUCACAAAGCGCUGUCCUAACCAAAAAGAAGCAAUUGGAUGGUAUGAAAAUUGCUCCUUGCACUACUCAAGUUCAUCCCUGUCCAAUAAAAUGCAUAUUAGUCCAAUGUUCAGGACUCGGUCGACAAAAAACGCAACAAACACAGAUCAGUUCAUUCGAAAGCUAAGAAUCUUGUUGAAUAGUCUAAAAAGCAAAGCUUCUUUAGGUGAUCAUGGUUCUCUACACAAAUAUGCAGCUGGAAAUAUGUCGAGUUCAGAGCUGGAAACAACAUACGCCCUUGUUCAAUGCCUGCCUGAUUUAACUCCACAACAAUGUGAUGAUUGCUUAUCUUCCAUUUUCAAGAAACUCCCAAGUUGUUGUAGCCAAUCUGCUGGGAUUUUUACCCCCAGCUGUUUGGUGAUUUAUAAACCAACCCGCUUCUUUGAUUCUGUAACUGAUGAUGGGCCAACUUCCUCAUCAACCGUUCACGAAUCUCGUGCAGCAGGGAAAAAGAAUGGGAAGAACAAAGUUCAUAUUGUGAUCAUAAUGGUUUUGUCAGUAGCUUCUUGCUGGAUUUUGAUAAUCUGCAUCUACGUGUUUCUGCAAUCCAGGAAGAUUGAGGAGAGAGCGGAUAGUAAUUAAUCUCUUUUUGUUGUUAUAUUCAAUUCAUUAUAUUAUAUUACUUAAAAAAAGAAAUAAAAGGUUGACUUGGAUUCCAGCGAUCAA